AUGAAGAGAGUGGAUGCAGGAACUGCACUGGGGUGCGAUGAAUUGCUGAUGAGCCUCAUAAAGGCACUGGGUCCGAAAGCGAAGGAAAGAGUGGAGGAGUGUGUGGCCGAGGUGCUGGUGAACGCCAGAAUCCCAGGGGAUUGGAAGCGGAGCAAGGUCAGGCCCCUGUACAAAGGUGCAGGCAGUCCAAGGGACCUAACCAGCUACAGACCUAUAGCCAUAACACCUGUGCUGUAUUGGCUAGCCAUGCAGGUGAUGAAGUCAAGAGUCCAGCGGUGGGCAGAAGCCACCGGCGUGCUGGGCGAAUUGCAGAUGGGCUUCCGCCAGGGACCUCACAUAAAGGACAACCUGCUGAUUCUCAUACAGGGCAUUGAAAUGACGAGUCGGACGGGGAGCCCAACUGUAUGUUGCUUUCCUGGAUACUGCGAAGGUCUAUGA